GUGCGGAAGGUGUACGACGCUUCCCCUCGUUCCUUUCGUUUCGCUGUAGGUGUUUGGAACCCUUUACCUGUACGCAAUGUACAUUUGAAAUGGUAACCGUUUCGCUUUCUGAAAGAGAUAAAAACACUUAAAAUUUUAGUAGACUCUAAGGAAAGGUCUACUGGAUAAAAAGGUAAAUAGAAAUCUGGGGGAAAAGCAGAGAAACGUACAAGAUGAUGCGCUUCAUGCUUCUGUUCAGCCGGCAAGGAAAGCUGCGUCUGCAGAAGUGGUACACGGCCGCCGCCGAGCGUGACAGGAAGAAGAUGGUGCGCGAGCUCAUGCAGGUGGUGCUGGCGCGAAAACCGAAGAUGUGCAGUUUCCUGGAGUGGAGGGACCUCAAGAUUGUCUAUAAGAGGUAUGCCAGCCUAUAUUUCUGCUGUGCUGUGGAGGAGCAGGACAAUGAGCUGGUUACCCUGGAAGUCAUCCAUCGCUUUGUGGAGCUACUGGAUAAGUACUUUGGCAGCGUGUGCGAGUUGGACAUCAUCUUCAACUUUGAGAAGGCGUACUUCAUUUUGGAUGAGUUUCUCAUGGGGGGUGAGAUUCAAGACACCUCCAAGAAGAGCGUGUUGAAGGCCAUUGAGCAGGCCGACCUGCUACAGGAGGAGGAUGAGUCUCCGAGGAGUGUGCUGGAGGAGAUGGGUCUGGCCUAACCUUCAUCUUGGGGUGGGGGAGGGGGGGCUGAGGGGCUUGCAUCAGAGGAAGUGGGUGUCCUGGCAUUGCGUGGUGAGCCAAUCGAAAACACAGAGGGUGGUGUGACUUAUGACCUGCACCAGAGAAGCUGCCAUUGAACUUUGCAAAAAAAAAAAAAAAAAGGGGGGGGGGGGGAAUUUUCACAAUUCUGGCUUUGUUUUAUUUUUGUGGAAAUAAUGUGAAAUUGUUUCUGUUGUAUUGUUUUUUUGUGGAAUUGAUUUGUGGGUUGGGCUGCUGUGUUAUGUGUAAAAAAAAAAAAAACAGAGGGAACGCAUUUAGAAUCAGAUUUUGCUCUCGGGUCCUCCUGCCUUUUCUUUGCAUGUCCGAAUCAAGACACAUUUGUGACCCUGUGGAAAAACAAUGAAAUGAAAUCCCUGGGAAGUGUUUGGUGGUGUUACCCCAUAAGGGGCCGCAUCAGAUGUUUCUGUGGACUCCUUCCAAAACAAAACAGUCUGACGAUGGCUUUGAACAUUUAUUCGAAGUCGGAAGUCACUUCCCAUUGGGGUGGCAGUGGUUGUUGGGGUGGGGGGGGGAGGCGGGGGGCAGUCGAGAGAGAUUUACAGGAGUGAUCUAUUACCUUUAGAAGAUUGGGGGGAGAUCAUUAAAAUCCCCUUCCCAAAUGUUUUAUAAUCCUGCAUUUUCCAAAGAGCUUUCGGUCUUUUUGCUUGUAAUCUAAUACUGCGGUAUUAGGGAUGCAAAAGACCGAAUACUUCAAACCCACUGCACCGUUUAUAAAAUGCCUUGGUGUGGUAAUGCAUCGAAAGGCUGAAGCGGGCUGGCAGAUGCAGCCAAUCAGAUACAGCAUCUCGCAGGCAGUUUUCUUUUUAUCUUCUGUGCACCUAACAUGAGAGGUUUCCUGGGAAAGGGUCAGGUUGGGAAGGCAUUUCAAUUUACUGUGUGACAGCGCACAAAAGCAAAGGAGCCAUGUGCAAAUAAAGUUUUUUUUGUUUUUCUUUUUUAAUAAAUGGUUAAAAAGAAUUUUAACGCCA